AUGCGGUCACUGCGCGUCGUGUUGAUGGCGUUGUUUCUAUUUUCCGCGAUCACGUCCCUCGCGAUGAUGUCGGUGGGCGUGCGAAGUGUGCACGUGCGGGAGUUCCGGUCGGCGAGUGAGGGGCAGCUGCUCGACGCGUGGUCUUUGAUGAGGCAUCUCGUGGGUCGUCGCGGCGGCGGCGGAUAUCGUCGAGACGCGGCGACGCGAUUCGAUGAGUACGGAUUUCCAACGUUUCGCGCGAUGUGCUCGGACGGUGGCGUCGGUGAUGGUAAAGAUUUUCCUUUACGACGCUCUUCGGGAUACGAUGGUUUCACCGGGCUGUGUGCAUCCAUGGAAAGUUUACCACGACGACUCUGCGUGAAAUCGUUCAGGCAACCGACGCGGACGCGAGUGCGCAACGCUCUCAUUCGACGAGUGGCGAUGAACUGGAAUCGUGCGUUCGACGUGGAGGACUUUCUGAAUCGAAACUUCCAAAACGGUCCGUUUUCAUCGUGCGCUUCGAGCGUCGAUGACGUCAACGACGCCUACUUGUUGCCUUUAAAUCCGUACUUUGAUCGCGUCAUGGACAAGUUGAGACAUUUUUCGGAAAAAGGUCGAAGCGCGAUGGCUCGAGGUGUGAAACACGCGAUAGACUACGCGUCGGCCGAAGAUCCGAACGCGUGGGUGAGGAGCGGUGAAAGUUGCAGUCGCUUUUCCGUCAUUACUCACGGUUCGAGCACGAUGUCUCUGUUGCGACACAAGGAUGUCAUCUUAUCGACGACGUUUGUCGUCGCGUCGUCCGAGACAAUCUCACCCUCGCGUCCGCACACUUCGCAAGCACCGUUUCAUCCCGAUAAGGACGUCAGCGCCAUCAAUAGUUUGAGUUUUGUGAUACCGCUGCACGCGGCGAGACGGAGAGCGUUCGCCAACGCCGAGAGAGAGACUCUAUUAAUGUUUCGAGGGGCGAUCAAUUCGUUUCCGAAUCGUCGCGAGAUCGCGGACUUCUUGCUCAAAAAUACGCGCGGCCAGAUGUAUGACUUGGGUCCGAGUUGUUCCACGUCGAAAGAAUACACCGCGAAGAUGAAAAACUCGAGAUUCUGCCUGUACAUGCGCGGGACGCGCGUGCACAGUCCGCGAUUGAUCGAGUCCAUGCUCUUUGGAUGCGUGCCGGUGAUUCUCGCCGACGACUAUGAAUUACCGCUCAGUUGGCUCGUCGAUUGGUCGGCGUUUUCGGUGAUGAUACCCGAGAGGGACUUUCAAACGAUACCAGACGCGUUGGAGCGUGCGAAUUCGGAUUGGGACGCGAUGCACAUGCGACUACAGAUGGUGUUGCCGUUGUUUCUCUACCGUCGCCGACCGCUCGUCGGCGACGCGUUUUGGGCCACCGCGCUCGGCGUCGAACGUCAACUCCGCCGCCGCCGCGCGGAGUGCACCAAAAACGUAUUCGCGAACGUGUCCAUUCCUUGGAACACCGUCGGUGCGGACACCAAGUGA